UUGGUAAGGGUACGGCAGACAACGGCAACCCUCAGACUGCUGCAGCCAAGUCAGUACCUAAGGAAAAUGCAACAAGACAUCCCAAUUCCAACUCGUUGCCAAGCGAGGGAACAGACACUGGGGGUCUGUAACACAGUAAGCAACGAGAAAGACCAGCAGCGUCAAGCAUCCCACCUCUGCUUGCCACCAGGGGAUGUUAGCUCGGUGCCCGAGCGUUGGUAAUAGGGCUCGCCUGGCAGAUGUUGGUCCCCAUCCCGCCGGUCUUCCUCUGCCACCUCUGUACUGCGUAUGUGUCGCUGUGCAUGUCGUGGCAUGGCUUCUGCAACUCUUCUAACUAUCUUGCAAGCUGCGUGCCGGAGGUCCGAGCCAGAAUAACGCAACGCUUAAACUUUACAAUAACGGGGUUCGCCGCAUGUCCUAUCCGUACAAAGUUGAGAAGGGGAUGGCAUCCACCCGCCAUGUUCGCAGUAUGGCUGAUACCCGCAGAUCUGAGGUCCCCACGUACUGUAGUCUGUCUUUCCACGGCAAGGUCAGCAAGCGGUUCUUUCUUUGGGAAGGGAAAAAAUGGACGGAACCCGCAGACUUGCGUGUUGAGGCAUGACCAAUAGCUGCCAACAGCGUCUGCCAAUGCGACACCACCUCAUGCCUCUGCGUUCGUGUCGCGGCCACUGGCGUGCUCACUGCUCAGGGGUUGG